AUGGCUGCUGACAGGACCGAUUCAUAUGAUGAAUGGACCUGUGAAUCGGAAAUUCAACUCUUCCAAGGAUUAAUUAAGCACAAACCCGUUGGGGUAUCUCGCCAUUUCGAAAUGAUGUGCUUGUGCAAUUAUCUGAAUUCAGUUCUUCGCAAACCAAUCACUCCUGAAGCUAUUUGGAAGAAGCUGGAUACCCUGUUCAAUAUGGAAGAACUGCAUGAGUCAGAAGUAAACCCGUUUCAAGGUAAAACGAAGGAAUUCAGUCUACCCGAGGAGUUUGAUUCCUUGAAAGAAUUGAAGUUUCCUCGUGUUGGUCAUCGGAGCGAUACAGUUAUACCCAAAUCUCCAGUUGUAGAUACUUCUAAUCGAAAGCGAACAAGAAAGUCGGUGCGUUGGUCUGACAUUCAUACAACUUCAUCAGAUAAUGUUGUGGUUGAAACACCGACUAAUUCAGCAGCAGUGACUCCUGCUGUAGGUGUUAGCAGUUCACGCAAAAGGAGGCGCUGACAUUUGUGUGUGUGUGUGUAUGCUGGUUGCGAAUACACAAACAUCU